ACACCGCCUCGUUCUAUUGGCUCACCGUCUCGAAACGUGUCAUAAACAGUGAAAUACGGAUGGGGACAGUAAAUCCUGGAUAUUAACUGUUUUCAUUUAAUUUAAAAUGAAGGCAUAAAUCGUUUUUAAGUGUUUUCGUUUCGGAAAGGUGAAGAAACAAUGGAGCAGAACAUUCAAAACCUCCCCAUCGACAUCCAGACGAGCAAGCUGCUGGACUGGCUGGUGGAUCGACGUCACUGUAAUCUGAAAUGGCAAAGUGAAGUAACAGUUAUCAGAGAGAAGAUCAAUGCUGCCAUCCAGGACAUGCCUGAAAACGAGGAGAUCAAGAAGCUACUCUCCGGCUCCUACAUUCACUACUUUCACUGCCUGAGGAUAGUCGAGAUACUGAGGGGAACUGAAGCGUCGUCCAAGAACAUCUUUGGCAGAUAUUCAUCUCAGAGGAUGAAGGACUGGCAAGAGAUUGUGUCUCUUUAUGAGGUUGAUAACAUCUAUCUGGCGGAGACGGCGAGCCUGCUGAGCCGCAAUGUGAGCUAUGAAGGCCCGGCUCUGAGGAAGCAGCUGGCUAAAGCCCAGCAGCUACAGCAGGAGCUGAGCAGGCGGGAGGGGGAGUGUCAGAGCUCGGCCGCGGACCUGAGGGGACGCUACUACGCUGCCUGCAAACAGUACGGCAUCACAGGAGAGAAUGUUCCCAGAGAGCUUCAGGCUCUGGUCAAAGAUUUACCCGCGUUUCUUGACGAAGUCGGGAUGGAUGCAGCAAAGUUAGAAGAGCAAAUCAAACUUUAUACGGCUUUCACAAACUUUGUAUGUGAGUGGUGAGUCUGAACGGUCCUGCCCAUGCUGACGUUUGCCCAGAAGAGAGGAAACGCAACGUUUUAUGAGUGGAGAACGGGGAUACCCACCGUUGUUGAGAGGCCAUUUGUGGAAGAAGCAGCUGCUGAGACAGCCACAGACGAUAUGAUUGACUGGGGCGACUUUGGCAAAGGAGCAGACCCUCAGGUUGUGAGCUCCGGGAUCACAGUUGAGGAUGGAAUCGACUGGGGCAUCAGUCUGGAGCCGAGCUCUGAGGACACUGGUGCUGGAGGCAUCGACUGGGGCGACAGUGAACCUGCUCCCAUAGAAAUUGAAAUUGUGGAUGCAGGGACAGACUGUCCUGAGGGUGUGGCGAGGGGGGAGGACGCUUUAAGUAUACUGGAGAACUCGGAGUCUCGCGGCCAGUUCAUUGACGAGCUAACGGAGCUGGAAGUGUUCCUGACUCAGCGGGUCACUGAGAUGGGCGAGGAGGGAGACGUGGUCGCCAUGAGCCAGUUCCAGCUGGCCCCAUCUGUCAUACAAGGCCAAAGCCGUGAUCACGUCAGGGAGAUGCUGUCUGAGGUGCAGAACCUCCUGGGCCGGCUCACCUCUCUCAGGAUGCAGCACCUGUUCAUGAUCCAGGCAUCGCCACGGUAUGUUGAGCGUGUGUCUGAGGUGCUGAGACAGAAGCUGAAGCAGGCAGACAUUUUGGUACUGAAAGCAGCCACAAUGGUUGAGAAAAGGAAGGAGGCCCUGGAGGAGCAGUCCAGACUAGAGCCUCGUGUUGACCUGAUGGCAGUAUGCACCCGGGAACUCCAGAAACAGAUUGAAGCCGACAUUUCAAAGAAAUACCACAAAAGACCGGUCAACCUAAUGGGAGUAAACAUAUAGUGACCCUAACAGAGUUAAAAGUAUUGAAUCAUGACCAACUACAGGAAAUAAAAACUGGUAUUUAAUUAAAGGUCUGAUGUGUUCUUCGAUGUAUCUGGAUUAAGACUCGUUAGGAAAUGUUGUACAUUUCAGGAAAGUGUGUUGCAGGUGUGUGUAUACUUUAAUUAAAUGAAUUAAAGUGAUCAAAUCAAACUUUAAUUAAAUUAAUUAAAGUGAUCAAAUCUAUUAGUUAAAGUCGAAAAAAGUUCUGUAAAAGUGUUGUAAUUAUCCAUGUAUGAUUGUGUCCAUUGUGUGCUUGUUUUGACUGCAUAAGUAACCUACAUUUUCAUACAAUUAAAUGUUUGUGUAUACAUAAUUCAUGCUGUAUAUAACUACUUUGACAGAAGACAUGCAGAUUACUGUUAUUGCAUGUAAAACUAAAUACGUAUUACAUAUGAAACAAACAAAAAUAUAAAAUACCUAAAACGAAAUUAAAUAAUUUGGUAAAGUAAAAAAAUGAAAUAAAUACCUUUUAAUAUGUACAUUGAGA